AUGGUCGGACAACACACCAUCCUCCACAUCGUCGAACUACUCGCCGCAGUCGUCUGCGCGCACCACUUCUGGCCCAAAGGAAUCACGUACGGCGAGCAAGAAGACUGGGAGAAGAAACUGCACAAGAAAGCUCAUCGUGUAAAAUCGCGUGUGAAGUCGCGGGCUAAUAGAGGAGAACGAGAGAGGGGCGGUGGACGUGAGCAUGGGAGAGUGAGGAAGAGGCAUAGGGAGACUAGGUAUUAUGAUGAUGAUGAAGUAAGGGGCGGCGGCGAGAGGAGGGCGUAUGGGUAUGAGGAGGAGAGAGGGUAUGGGAAUAGGGGUUAUGAGUAUGAGGAUAGACCACCGCGUUAUGAGAAGACUGGGGCUAGGAGUGUCUAUUAA